CAUUAUGGGACGUGGGUCGAAAUGCAUUCUGGGACAGCAGGUCCGUGCUUUUGUUAGCUGUGUAGUUAGCCAGCUAGCUGUGUAUCCCCUGUGCGCUGAUAUAGUAGGGACAAAUAACAACAACACCACUGUUUCAUUGUAAUGCACCUAAAAUAAUGUGUAAACAGUGAUAGUUUUGGUCAUAUUAGUUGCAUGAACCAUGCCAAAUUUUUGCGCGGCUCCGAACUGCACCCGGAAAAGCACCCAGUCUGAUCUGGCUUUCUUCAGGUUUCCGAGGGACCCCGAGAGAUGUCGGCUGUGGGUAGAGAACUGUCGCCGUGCCGAUCUCGAAGAGAAAACUCCGGAUCAGCUGAAUAAGCAUUACAGACUUUGUGCAAAGCACUUUGAGCCAGCGAUGAUUUGUAAAACAAGCCCUUACAGGACCGUGCUGAGAGAUACUGCUAUCCCUACCAUUUUUGAUUUAACAAGUCACCUCAGUAAUCCACACAGCAGACAUCGGAAACGCAUCAAAAUUCUGACAGAUGAAGAGGUUCAGCAAAUCAAAGAGCGGAGAUUGGAGUCUUCAAUAGAACAGAUGCUCUCAAAAAAGGAAAACACCGCCGGCGAGGACGACGCAGAGGUCGACGAUGUACCCCAGUUGACCGCGCCUCAAAAAGAGCUAAGAGAGUUCUUGAGGUCUUUGUUUGAAGUGAUUAUUUUAAUCGGAAAACAGAACAUCCCGUCGAGUUACCAGUCAACAGAGGAGCCGUUUCGAAUGAGCACGUUUCAGGCGUUGCUGGAAAACCGCAUCAAUGCUGGCGAUGAAGUUCUCAGAGCGCGGUUUGAAGCAGCCGCUAUUAACGAGGAGUUUUGGCCAGGAGCACAACAGAAGCAACUGCUGGAAGUCUGCGAGAGAUGCAUCCGCGACGAGCUUCUGCAGGAAGUCCGAGAAAGCCGCUUCUUUUCACUGGUGACCGGAGAGCUCGUGGAAUUUCCUGAAGGGCAGCACAUCCCAGUGUUCUUGCGUUUUGUGGACCAGAGCAACACUCUACGGGAGGAGUUUGUAGAGUUUAUUUUGUUCGAGGGAGAGGAGAAGUCUAUGGCAGACAAAUUGGAGUCUCACAUCAUGAAAGAAUGGGAUCUGAGCAUGGACAACUGCAGAGGUCAAGCACACGCAGGCUCCGGUGUCUUUGGAAGCAAGAUGAAAGCCGUAGCCAACCAUCUGAUGGAGAAAUACACGAUGGCCAUGAACACACCAUGUGCAACCUUUGCACUUAACAUCCACCUAGCUAACAGUAUUCCGCUGACUGGCGUUCAAGUCGUGAUGUCGGUCCUCAAAAAGACAGACGCCUUCUUUAAAGCUUCUCCACUUCUGCAGGCCGAACUAGAUGGCGCCAUUUCCAUUCUCUCUCAGGGCAGCGUAGAGAAAGGAGACGAUCUCAAAGAGAACUGCCGUGCCACCUGGACAGAGCUGCAUAACGUGUUCGAGAUGGCAGUUGAAUUGUUAGAGCCACUGUUGCUCUGCAUGGACAGCAUACAUGACAACGAAGACUUGAAGUGGAACGACCAAUUCACCAGCGACGCUUAUGCCAUCUCGGAGGCGUUAGCUGAUUUCGAGUUUAUCGUUACUCUGGUCGUGAUGAAAAACGCUCUCUCGUUCACGAGAGCCUUCGGGAAAAACUUGCAAGGAGAGACUCUCGAUGUGUAUUUUGCAGCCAGCAGCUUAACAGCCGUCUUGCAUUCUUUGCAUGAAGUUCUAGACAACAUCGAAGUGUACCAUGAGUUCUGGUUUGAGGAAGCUGUAAAUCUGGCCACAGCCAUGGAGAUCCCAGUCAAAGUGCCCAGAUUGUUCCUCAGAAAGCAACGCACGAUCGAAAUGGUAGAAAUACAGGCCGAGUCCUUUUACAAAGAAUACCUAACUCUUCCGCUCAUGGAGCACAUCACUCAGGAAGUGAAGGACAUGUUCUCGGAUAACCAUAUCAGGGCUCUUAAGUGCCUGUCUCUUGUUCCUGCAGUCAUGGGCCAGAUGAAAUUUAACACCUCAGAGGAAGCCCACGCGGACAUAUUCAGAAGCGAUCUUCCUCAGCCAGACACACUUCUGGCAGAGCUUCACUGCUGGAGGAUCAAAUGGAAACACAGGGGAAAAGAAGUCAACCUGCCGUGCACCAUUCACGAAACGCUGCAGCACUCGGACGUCAAGUUCUUCCCGAACGUCAACGCGUUCCUCCGAAUUCUGGCUUCGUUACCCGUGUUGGCAUUCAGAGGUCAGGAAGGCACCGGACAGAAACGAAUACAGGCUUACCUUUCAGAUACACCAGUGAGGCACAGGUCAAAGAGUUUGGCUGUGCUGAACAUCAACUACCAUGUUAAACUCGAUCUAGAUGAAAUGGUUGAAUGUUACAUCAAAAGUUACCCAGAAGACGAAAGCGAUUGAAUGAAUAUCGGCGUCUGCUGUGACUUAACAGUGGAGAUCUUCCCCAAAUCACACUGUAUUUACGAGCAUAGGAUAGAUUAAAUUAUUUCUAUAUUUUUUUAACUGCUGUAUAUAAUUUGAAAUUUUUGAUGAAUGUUUUAGUCAUUACAAUGUUAAAUGUAUUUAUAUUGUUUUAUAUUAUACAGACCUUUAUGCAUUUAAACAAAUGGGUGUAAAUCAGCGUGUGUAAAUUUCACCUGUGAAACCGGAUGCGAACGUGAAAACGUUAACAGUCCGAAACGUGAGAAAGCCGCAUUGUUUUGUUUUUAAGUGUUCAUUUACAGUGUAAAUAAAUGUCCCUGGUUUUAAUAUGA